AGAUCGCAGCGAUCGGGCCUCCGCUUCCGGCGGCGGGAGCGGUGCAGAGUCAGCUGCGGGCGGGGGGCGACACCGGCACCAGGAUCCGGCCUCGCCUGCGGACGGGAGCCAGCGCCGCCGUCACCAUGGGCAACAUCUUCGGGAACCUGCUGAAGAGCCUGAUCGGGAAGAAGGAGAUGCGGAUCCUGAUGGUGGGGCUGGACGCCGCCGGGAAGACCACCAUCCUCUACAAGCUGAAGCUGGGGGAGAUCGUCACCACCAUCCCCACCAUAGGGUUCAACGUGGAGACGGUGGAGUACAAGAACAUCAGCUUCACCGUGUGGGACGUGGGUGGGCAGGACAAGAUCCGGCCCCUCUGGCGGCAUUACUUCCAAAACACCCAGGGGCUGAUCUUCGUGGUGGACAGCAACGACCGGGAGCGGGUGAACGAGGCGCGGGAGGAGCUGAUGCGGAUGCUGGCGGAGGACGAGCUGCGGGACGCUGUCCUCCUCGUCUUCGCCAACAAGCAGGACCUGCCCAACGCCAUGAACGCGGCGGAGAUCACGGACAAGCUGGGGCUGCACUCCCUGCGCCACCGUAACUGGUACAUCCAGGCCACCUGUGCCACCAGCGGUGACGGGCUCUACGAGGGGCUCGACUGGCUCGCCAACCAGCUCAAGAACAAGAAGUGAGCGGGUGGCCGCCGGCCCCCCCCCCGGGCCCCCCCCCCGGGGCCGUGCCAGGCCCCCCCCGGCCGCCCCGUCCCCGCCCCGGUUGGGUUUUUGCUUUCUUCUGGCACCGGUUGCUGUGGGGUUUUUCUUCGCCUUUCUUUUGGGGUCUCCUCGGUUCCCCUCGGGUCUCGUGUGUGCGUGCGUGGAAAUACAGCUCGAUAUCACGGGGGUGGGGGCGGGGGCAGAGCCCCGGGGAGCGGAGCAGGGGCUGGGGAGGGGGGGCUAUGCUGGGCCCCCCGGUCCCCGUGCAUGUUCCCGCACCCCUCGCCUUCCUCUGGACCAAAUGUGGGGGCAGCGGGGCCACAGGGGGCAUUUGGGACCAUACACACCUCCCCACCGCACCCCCCCAGCACCCUCUCCUGGCCCUGUGUGCCCCCCCCGGGGGUCCCACACGACCCUGGCCCCCUUCCUCCAUGUAACUUCGAGGCAGGUCUCCUCCCCGCAGCCCCCACGAGGGAGCCAUGGAACUGCUGGGACCCCGUGGUCCCACCAGCCGUGGCCUCCCCACCCCAGCCCUGGCUGCCUGGCCCCCAACCCUAUGCCAGCAUAGUGAUUGUAUGUCCCUGCCCCUCACGGACGGACGGACGGCCCUGUACUGUACCCCCCUCCCCCCCCAGCACCGUAUUUAUACCCCCGGUCUGUGCUUGGUGUGACGUGUCGCUGCGGCUCUGCCCCGUCCGGGGACGUGUGUACUCGCCCCCCACCCCACCCCACGCCUGAGACGGUGGGUGACCCCUGGCCCCCCCCUUGGAUAUUAAACAUGUUUUAUGUA